AGGAUACUUCUUCCCUGCAAUCCUUGGCAUUCAGGCCUACUAUCGUACGUCUGUGUGUGCCGGUGCGUCUAAAGAAUCGAACGAUACCUUUAGGUGGUCAGCACAGCCAUCAACACAUUGGCCUGUCAGUAGUUCGACGCAGCAGUGUUCCCGACAAUCGCCCAUAAUCAUGCACCCACAGAGGACCAUGACUGGCAGCUGAGCACUGCCCCCCACAGCACUGAGGCUGUGGCCGGAUGGGCCCCCCCCAGCCAUGACUGCCCGAGGGAACCCCCAGCAGCAGCAGCAGCAGCAGCAGCAGCAGCAGCAGCAGCAGGGCAGUGGUGGGGGUGACCAGGAAACACCACCGCCUGCCAGCAGCAACCAUGAGCUUGCCGAGGCCCCUGCGGAGGAUGCUCCUGUGGUGGUGGAAGAGGAGGAGGAAGAAUUCCCACUGGCAGAGCUGGCACGCCUGGACGAGAUGAUCAACCGGCCACGUUGGGUCGUGCCUGUGCUAGCCAAGGGCGAGCUUGAGGUGCUGCUCGAAGCUGCCAUCCGCCUCUGCAGGCAGGGGCGAGAUGUGCAGAGUGAGCCGUGCCAGCGAUUCUUCCGUGAGGGCCUCACCAUCUCCUUCACCAAAAUACUCACUGACGAGGCAGUCAGUGGCUGGAAGUUUGAGAUCCACCGCUGCAUUAUGAAGAACUGUGAGCGGCUUGUGGAGCUGUGUGUCACCAAAUUGCAUCAGGACUGGUUUCCCUUGCUUGACCUUCUUGCCAUGGUGCUGAACCCACACAACAAGUUCCACUCGUACAACGGAACGCGGCCCUCUGAUUCGGUGCCUCCAGGAUCCCAGAUCUCGGACGACCAAGUAUUUGCUCGUCCUGUUGACACCAGGACGCCCAAGGGCUGGGUGGUGGACCUGAUCAACCGCUUUGGCAACCUUGGGGGCUUCACCAUCCUGCUGGAACGGUUCCGCUCGGGCCCCCCAUUGUCUGUGGCGGUCAUCGCAGCACUCAUCAGGCCGUUUGGGCUGUGCCACAGCCUGCUGACAGUGCCCACUGUGGAGCGGUACCUGAUGCCCAUUGUAUCGCUGGUUCCCACCUUCCUGGAGCGCCUGUCGGACGAGGAACUCAAGCGUGAGGCCAAGAACGAGAGCAAGAAUGAUGCCCUGGCAGCCAUUGUACGUGCCUUGCGCUCUCUUGCUGCCAUGGUGCCCCACCAAGAAGAGACCGUGCGAGCACUGGAGAUGUUUCGCCUGCGCAUGAUCCUCAGGCUGCUUCAGAUCUCCUCAUUCAAUGGCAAGAUGAAUGCGCUCAACGAGGUGAACAAGGUGAUUGCCAAUGUGUCUUACUACGCCCAUCGACACACUGACGAGGAGGAGUGGCUCACAGCCGAACGUAUGGCGGAGUGGAUCAAGGAGAACCGGGUGCUGCAGAUUGUUUUGCGAGACAGCCUGCACCAGCCACAGUACGUGGAGAAGCUGGAGAAAAUAGUGCGCUUUGUGAUCAAAGAGAAGGCCCUGACUGUGGCCGACCUGGACGACCUGUGGGCGGCGCAGCAUGGAAAGCACGAGGCCAUUGUGCAGAAUGUGCACGAUCUGCUUGCCAAGCUUGCCUGGGACUUCUCGCCCGACCAGCUGGACCACCUGUUUGGCCGCUUUCAGGCCAGCUGGGCCAGUGCGGCCAAGCGGCAGCGUGAAAAGCUGCUCGAGCUGAUCCGUCGGCUGGCUGAAGACGACAAGGAGGGCCUCAUGGCUCACAAGGUGCUCCAGCUACUGUGGAACCUGGCGCACAGCCGCGAGGUGCCCACCGACACUAUGGAGCUGGCCCUGAGCUUCCACGUCAAGAUCCUCGACUACAGCUGUUCGCAAGACCGGGACGCCCAAAAGACCCUUUGGCUCGACCGAUGCGUGCAGGAGCUGCGGCAGGACCCGCAGUGGGCGUUGCCUGCCCUUCGGCACAUGCAGGAAGUGGCCGGCCUGUACUCGGAGGCCCCACUGGGUCCCGCACGCGCAGCGGGCACUGGAGGCGGGCCGGCGCCAGGGGGCCAGGCCCUGUACCGGCACGAGGUGAUCAAUCGGCUGCAGCAGCAGCACUCGCUCGUGGUGCUGGUGGCAGACGGGCUGUCGGCCUACAUGGCACAUGCACGCCAGCUGCUGCCCGAGCGGCCCGACCCGACGCAGGUGUAUGGGGACAGUCGCUACAGCCACGUGCAGCAGGUGCAGGAGCGGCUCAAAUUCCUACGCUUCUUGCUGAAGGAUGGCCAGCUGUGGCUGUGUGCUGCGCAGGCCAAGCAGAUUUGGCACUGCCUCGCUGAGAACGCCGUGUACCCGUCCGACCGGGAGGCCUGCUUUAAGUGGUUCUCCAAGCUGAUGGGCGAGGAGCCCGACCUGGAUCCCGAGAUCAACCAGGACUUCUUUGAGCAGAACGUGCUGCAGUUAGACCCAGCUCUGCUUACGGAGAGUGGGCUGCGCUGCUUCGAGCGCUUCUUCCGUGCUGUCAACUGUCGCCAGGGGCGGCUACUAUUACGCCGACGUAUGCACCUCCUCGAAGACCCCGAACUCAUGGGUGCAGACUACUUGUGGCGAGUGGUGCUGCAUGCGCAAGAUGCUGUGGCUGACCGAGCCAUUGAGCUUCUGCGAGAGACUUACACCAAUUUGGGGCCCCGGCUACAGGGCUCUCGUACCGACAUCCACGAGGACAUGGUGCAGUCAUGUAUGGACCGUCUCAAGGCGGCCUACGACACGGUGUGCGCUCUUGGGGGGGACGGUGCUGCCCGUGAGAGUGCCAACCGUAUGGUUCGUGUGCUGCGUGUGCUUUCUGAGUACGUGGCCCAGUGCGACGGGGACUUCCCUCAUGACCGGGCUAUCUUGCCUAUGGCUAGGGCUCACCGUGGAAGGCAGGUGGUGCUGACAGUGCGCUUUCCAAGCCAAGGACGACAGGUGGAAGACCUGGAGAUCAUUGCCCAUACAAAUGACACAUUGGGUGCAAUACGGCGCCAGAUAUACACCAGGGUGAAAGUGAACAAUGCAAGCAUGAAGCUGGACCUUUUUCUUAACACCGAGUUGCUGGACCCAGCCGAUGACAAGAAGCUCAUUGGCCAGCUACCCAUCAAGGACAAAGCGGUGCUGUCAGCGAAGCUGAGCCAGCUGAGUGCACAGCUGCCAUCAUCACCCGAGUCCAGUUCGGACAGCUCGGCAGGCUCACCGCAGCAUCAAUAUGAUGGCCCUCAUGCCGAUGCCGAAGCCUGUCUACCUGGGGUGCUGAUGUCGAAGCAGCCCCGGUACACCCAGUUCCUGUUCAAGCUUGCAGACUUGGGCAACACGUUGCCAAUGGCUGAGCUGAGGGACAGUGCUCUCGGUCUGCUGAAGCUACUGCCUGCUGAUGUGCAGACUGUGGAGCGGCUGCGUGAGCUGUGUGAACGUGGAGAAGGGGACCCAUCGGGGGCUGCUUUGGAGGCCCUGCUGCAGACCUUGUCACCGACUGAGCUGCUCUACCACCUUGAGGUGGCCUACUCACUGCUGUUGCCCGCUCUGGCGCCUUGCUCUAAGGAAGCGCAGGAGUUCCAGGCGGGCUUUGUGCGUGCGGGCGGUGUAGCUGUGGUGCUGCGCAUGCUGAGCAACCUUAACCACACCGAUGCCUGCAAUGGGCGAGGUUCGCUGCUGCUUCUGAAGCUGAGCAAGCUCCUGCUGACGGUGGUGGGCCAUUGCUUGGCUCAGCAGGCACCUGAGGGUCUGGCCCAGGCCCUGAAGCAUGUGCCCAGCAUGGGGCCAGAGGGCACUCUGCAUUCGGUUGGGAUGCGACUGGCGACUCUGCUGCACCACCAGGCCCUUCACCUCCCAGACCUAGACACCAUCCAGGCGGUCCUGAGGUUGGCCUGGGACUCGGCUGGGCUGCCAGUCGCAGAGGAGGGAAGUGCUUCCAACCAGGGGGCCGAUGAGGAGCUGUGCCAAGAGGCCCUGGAAACACUGACGCUGGCGCUGAGCCUGCAGCCCUCUGCCCUGUCACAGCUGUUGGGGAACCCUGACUGGUCACGCUUUGUGCUCGACCUGCUGCUGCACUGCCCACACAGGUCCAUACGGCAGUGCUCGGCUGACCAGCUCUGCCUGAUUGCAACCAAGUGCACUGCAAGCCAGCAUUGUCUGUUGUCCCUAGUGGAGUUGCUGUUCGCCCAGCUGCCGCGCCUAGAAGACAUGGCGGGGAGCAGCCAGGAGCUGUUUGGGCUACUCUGUCGUCUGCUGGGAGCUGCCUGCCGUUGCCCUCUACCCGCUCUGCAGCAGCUGCUUGCCGAUGAGAUUGGAUGGCUGAAGCGCAUCAGAGAGAAGGUGCAACAGACGGGUGGCCUGCUGGAUGCCGAGGAGUCCCUUCUGGAAGGUCACCUCGGUGUUGCACGCGAGUUGGUGUCGCUGCUCUCACCAGCCGACAAGUACCGCAUAGGUUCUGACUCCAGCAACACUGUUCAAGGGAACCUUGUCAAGGAGCUGUUAGAAGACUUUGCCUUCCCGGCGUCCCGGGUGGAAGCCCAGCUGCGAGGGGGUGCCGGUGAUGGUGGAGGCACAGCAGCGGUGGCUGUAUGCCCAGGACCAGAUGCCCUGCGUGCGGCCCUCGACCUGCUGGUGGCAUUGUGCACUCAGUGCCCCGAGAACCUGGCCACCUGUGCAGCGCUCCUGUCGGACAUGUUCUAUGCCGAUCAGCCACCACUGCAGGAGUGGGAGUACCUACCCCCUGUGGGACCCAGGCCUCGUGGAGGCUUUGUGGGCCUCAAGAAUGCCGGGGCCACCUGCUACAUGAACUCAGUCCUACAACAGCUCUACAUGAUCGAGAGCAUCCGCGAGGGCAUCCUUGCCGUGGAAGGGGCAGCCACCGAUCCGAACGAGGACUUCUCAGGAGAAGAACAGCCGGAUCAUGAGGAGGUGCGUCCCUGUGAAGAAGGCCGGGAGGAGCAUCGACGCGACUACCACCUUGGCGUGCUGAAACAGGUGCAGGCUGUCUUUGGGCAUCUUGCAGCUUCACAGCUGCAGUACUAUGUUCCGCGUGGCUUCUGGCACCACUUCAAACUGUGGGGUGAACCAGUGAACCUGCGAGAACAGCACGAUGCGCUCGAGUUUUUCAACUCUCUGGUGGACUCUCUGGACGAGGCCUUGAAGGCCUUAGGUGCGCCCUGCCUGCUGGCCAAGGCCCUUGGGGGCACUUUUGCCGACCAGAAAAUCUGCCGUGGCUGCCCACACCGGUACUCUAGGGAGGAGUCCUUCACUACACUCAACAUUGAUAUCCGCAACCACAGCAACCUGCUGGACUCUCUCGAACAGUACGUCAAGGGGGAUCUCCUGGAAGGGGCCAAUGCUUACCAUUGUGACAAGUGCAACAAGAAGGUGGACACAGUGAAGCGGUUGUGCAUCAAGCGGCUGCCCCCGAUUCUGGCCAUCCAGCUGAAGCGCUUCGACUACGACUGGGAGCGCGAGUGCGCCAUCAAGUUCAACGACUACUUCGAGUUCCCCCGCGAGCUGGACAUGGAGCCAUACACGGUCCGGGGCCUCGCCCGACUCGAGGGUGAGCUCAUGGACGAGGAGACAGCCGAGAGCGAGCUGGGCGCAACCCGUUAUCGCCUGACGGGCAUCGUGGUGCACAGCGGGCAGGCUUCUGGGGGCCACUACUACUCCUACAUCUACACCAGGCCCCCUGGUGGUGCAUAUCGAUGGUACAAGUUUGACGAUGGUGAAGUGUCUGAGUGCCGCAUGGAAGAGGAAGAGGAGAUGAAAAACCAGUGCUUUGGUGGCGAGUACAUGGGUGAGGUGUUUGACCACAUGCUGAAACGAAUGUCCUACCGGCGACAGAAGCGCUGGUGGAAUGCCUACAUCCUGUUCUACCAGAGGACGCCCCUGGCUGAUUCCAUGGCCAACCUCAGCAUACAGCCCAAGGUGGCGACUUUGCCUCGGAUGCCAGCAGCCAUUGAGUGCAGCGUGUGGCGACAGAACAUCAAGUUCCUGCACACUCGCAACCAGUUCAGCCCCGAGUACUUCCAGUUCACCAAGAAGCUGGUCAGCUGCAAUGCGCCUUUUGUCACACUGGCACCCGACCAGGACAGGCUGACGCCUGAGGCGGAAGAGCUGGCCCUGGUGAGCGUACAGUUGGCUUCCAAGUUCCUCUUCCAGACUGCUUUCCACACCAAGAAGACACUCAGGGGUUCAGCUUCGGAUUGGUACGAAGUGCUGUGCGUGCACCUGCGACACUCCCGAAAUGUGCGUCUCUGGUUUGCAAACCAGGUGCUGUUUGCACACCCUCAUCGCUUGGCUGAGUACUUGCUGGAGUGCCCCACUACAGAGGUUCGCAGUGCUUUUGCCAAGAUUGUGGUAUUUCUGGCACACACCUCGGCGAGGGAUGGCCCCUACACACCACUCUGCCCCAUAUCAGCCACUGUUGAUCAAGGUGGAGUGUCCAGCCUGAGUGCUGCCAGUCUAUCGGACCACCUACUUGUGGCUGUCCUGUCGCUUGUCAACAAGGAGGUGUCCGAACAUGGCCGCCACCUGGCCCAGUACUUCGGUUUCUUCUACAUGUAUGCUUGCUAUGGAGUCACAGAGAGGUUGCAGCUGCUUCGGCUGAAUGUGCUGGGCACACUGAUGCUGGUGGCACUGGAUGAGGGGCCAGGCCCACCGAUCAAGUACCAAUACGCCGACCUGAGCAAGCUGUACCAGCUGGUGUCCCUGCUUGUGCGCUGCUGCGACGUCUCCUCCAAGACACACUCCUGCCUGCCGAAUGCAGCGCCAUUGCCCAACCCGCACAUGGGUGACCAGCUGUGCCAGGAAUACCUGAUGCCCAUCCAGCCUCAGGUGGCCGCGUGUCUCUACAACAAGACCAGCUACGUCAAAAAGGUGAUUGAGGAUGCGAGUGGAGCAGAGGACACACUGAAGCUGCUGCAGUUUUGCUCGUGGGAGAACCCACAGUUCUCCUCGGCUGUGUUGGGCGAGCUGCUGUGGCAGGUGGCAUACACCUACACGUAUGAACUGCGGCCGUUUGUGGACCUGCUACUCGGUGUGCUGCUACUGGAGGACUCGUGGCAAGUGCACCGCAUCCACAACGCGCUACGGGGCCUCCCCGACGACCGAGAGGGCCUCUUCGACACGAUUCAGCGCUCCAAGAGCCACUACCAGAAGCGGGCCUACCAGUGCAUCAAGUGCCUGGUGGCGCUCUUUGACUCGUGCCCUGCGGCGGCUCACAUGCUGCACGCCAAUGGCGAGCUCAAGCGCAAGUGGGCUGCUGCCGUCGACUGGCUCAAUGAUGAACUCGAGCGGCGGCCUUAUGGAGCUGGCAGCCAGUAUGGCUACAGCCAGUGGUCACCACCAGCCCAGUCUAAUGAGACGUCUAAUGGGUACUUCUUGGAACGAUCUCAUAGUGCCCGACUCACGUUGUCGCGUGCCAUCCAACUUUGCCCUGAAGAGGAGCCCGAGGAGGCCGAGUUGACAGAGGAGGCACCAGCCUUUGCACCACCUAGCACGCUGCGCUACCAGUCGGAAGAGCCUCACAGCAAGGAAGACUCCCGCAGGACCGACGAUGCUUGACUCUUGUGUACAAACUAUUGUGCUGUGCAAGUUUAGCCUCUUUGCUGGAUGUGAUAGAGCGAGAAAGGCUCGUGCCGUGCUUGGCUUGCCUUCUAUUCGCCUGUUUUUCGUCUUGUUUCUAAAUAAAAUACCACAAAUUGUUA